AGUUGAAACAGACGACAUGCUCAGAUAUUUUAGAGAGAUAGGCUUAAUUAUUUAUUUUGCGGAAAAGGGUCUAAAAGAAAAUAUCAUCAUUAACGUCCAGUGGUUUGUAGAUGCAUUUAAAAAUAUUAUAACUGACCCAACUCAUGCUGAACCCUUCUGCGAAAGAGUCAGAGAAUGGGAUAUCUUCAUGAAUACUGGCCGGAUUUCUGAUCAGACACUUGCCAAGAUAUGGGGAGAUAACGCUUCGUAUAUUACUCAAAAAGACAUUAUUAUACCCUAUAUGGAAAAACUUGGCAUUCUUGCCACAGCGCGAACCGACGAAGCUGAUAGAAAUGAAAUUGGAGCAAUAAAAACGAGAACUAUUUACUACAUUCCUAGCAUCAAUAAAACAGACUUUACGAAAAAAUACAGGGAGAUUACAGAAAAUGUCAACAAAACUCCGAUUUUAGCAUUUUCUUUCAAAACGUACAUCCCGCAUUUCUUUUUCUUCAGACUUGUAGCUCUAUGUUUCUCUACGUGGGAACCAUUGCGUGAUGAUCUUCUAUUCAAAAAUAUUGCUUUUUACAAAGAAAAAGGUGGUGACCUAUACAUUGCUAUUGCAGUAAACAAAACGUCAAUCCAGUUGCAAGUAUUUACUCCAGAUGAUACAAUCCAGCUUCAAAAUGACAAAACCAAACAGAUCAGAUCAAAGAUUGAAGGGAUGAUGAAAGACAUAACAUCCACAUUCCAUCGCCAAGUCCUCUAUGAGGUCGGAUACACGUGUAAAGAUAUAUAUAUCACUGAGGAGGAUGAGGAUUUUUUCUUAAGUGAGAGAACAGUGGCAGAACUGACAACCAACAAAAGAAUUUGCCCCCAUCAUGUACCUCCAACGAAGCACGAGAAACACGACAUAGUUCGUGACGAUUUGUUGUAUUAUUGGUACAUGGGCACUGAAUAACGUACUAGAAGCAGCGUUCAUUGUUUCACAACAAUUAUACCAUCUCCAGAUAUCAUGAAAGUGGAUUACUAUGAACAUUUUGCGCAUCAACCUAUUAUUUUUC